CUGGACGGAACCAAGCGGCUCCGGGAGGAGGCGGCAUCCUGAGAGCGGUCCAGCAUGGAGUAAGGCCCAGCGGCAGCAGCCCACACAGCCUCCUCACGGCCACUCCCCGUCCAGACACUAGCUCGGCUCCAGUCCGGGACUCGUCUGACAGCGGCACCGCCGACCGGGGAAGGAGCACCGCCGACCGGGGAGGAAGAGCAGCAGAGCGCGCUGCGUCGAUAAGAUCACCAUGGAGCCGUCAGAGCAGCCGGGCCCGGACGCUGCCUCCCAGGGGGUGAACCCGGUGUUCCUGCAGCAGCUCCGAGAGCUGGACAUCCCCGAGGAGGCCGCCAAGCAGGCGCUCCUGCACACCCGGAACGUCUCUGCAGAGGAAGCGGCCAUGUACUACUUCAACAAGCUGGAGAAUGAGGAGGGUGACGAGGACCUCAUGUUUAAGAUGGUGUUUGUGGUCAACAUGGACCUUGCCAUGGGUGUUGGGAAGGUAGCAGCCCAGGUGGGCCACGCCGCUGUGGGCCUGUACCAGACUCUGCAGGAGAAGAACAGCUGGAGGGAGAUGUCCUGGAAGUGGGACCACAGCGGGGCCAAGAAGGUGGUGGUCCAGGGAACCAACGUGGCUCACCUGCUGGAGCUGCAGGCGCUGGCCAUGAGCCUCAGCCUGCCCACCUACCUGGUCCAGGACGCAGGACUCACCCAGGUGGAGUCUGGCUCCCGCACCGUCCUGGCCAUCAUGGGUGAGGAGGAGAUGGUCAACAAUGUUACUGGGAGUCUGAAGCUGCUCUGAGAAGAGAAAACACGCUCACACACACUCACACAGCUGUGCCAUGCACUCAGCAGAGGGCAGCAUCUCCCAGCAGCAGGCGCACGGCGGCAGAGCCUCACCCUGCGAGCUGCUGCUCCCCUCCUCCUCUGUCUGUCUGUCUGACUCUGUGGUCCGGCGAGUGUGUGAUCCAGCCAGAGACACACACACACCCGGCACCUACAACUGUCUGUCUGUGGUGACACUUAACCUUCAGAGCAGCGGGACGGUGAGGUUCCCGGCUCCUCUGAACCCGGUCUCCAGCUGCUUCUUUAAUCACGCCACUCCAGUUUUCAUGCUGAUCAUUUUGUUGAUACGACUCUUUUCCCAGAGAUCCUGGACCUAUGGACUCGUUAACGUCACUUAUUAUUAUGAGAUAUGUUUUGUCUACCUGUGUGUGUGUGUGUGUGUGUGUGUGCUCUGUUCCUGAACGUUCCUUGGUUUUUCUUGGCUUCCUGCCGUCAUUCCUUCCUGUCGGGCGGCGCAGGCCUCUGCAGUGUGUAGUUUACAGUGAAGAGUCGCAGCUGUUGGUGUGAGGCUUGAUACCCUUCAUCCUGGGAGUGCUGUGCUGGCUGUCAUGUAUCUGUUAUCACCAAUACGUAGAUGUGAGCAUGAGCUGCCGCCCCGGGUCUUACCCGGGUUCACCUGUAACACGCAGUGCCGUGCAUGAAUAUUAAAUGUGUAUGGAGACCCGUU